GCGGGGCCCGGCACCGCGAAAACAAACUGGACAGGAGAGGCCCGAGCAGCGCCGUGAGGCCGCCAGCCAGACCCACCUUUCGCACCACGUGGGACCCGGCACUUUCCUGCCACCCACACCUGACACAGCUGCAGGACAGACCGCAGCACUAGAAGACUUACCGCCUCACGCAAGACGGUGACCCGAAAAAAUGUCUGGAUUUCUAGAAGGCUUGAGAUGCUCAGAGUGCGUUGACUGGGGGGAAAAGCGUAAUACUAUUGCUUCCAUUGCUGCUGGUGUUCUAUUUUUUACAGGCUGGUGGAUUAUCAUAGAUGCAGCUGUUAUUUAUCCCACUAUGGAAGACUUCAACCACUCAUACCAUGCCUGUGGUGUUAUAGCAACCAUAGCCUUCCUAAUGAUUAAUGCAGUAUCGAAUGGACAAGUCCGAGGUGAUAGUUACAGUGAAGGUUGUCUGGGUCAAACAGGUGCUCGUAUUUGGCUGUUCAUUGGUUUCAUGUUGGCCUUUGGAUCUCUGAUUGCAUCUAUGUGGAUUCUCUUUGGAGGUUAUGUUGCUAAAGAAAAAGCCAUAGUAUACCCUGGAAUUGCUGUAUUUUUCCAGAAUGCCUUCAUCUUUUUUGGAGGACUGGUUUUUAAGUUUGGCCGCACUGAAGACUUAUGGCAGUGAAAACAUCUGAUUUCCUACAGCACAGCAGCCCUGCAUGGGUUUUGUUUUGUUUUGUUUUGUUUUGUUACUGCUCACUCCCAAUCUUUUGUAAUGCCAUUUUCUAAACCUAUUUCUGAGUGUAGUCUCAGCUUAAAGUUGUGUAAUACUAAAAUCAUGAGAACUCUCUAUUUGAACAAUAACAAAGCUAUUGUGGUAUGCACUUGAUUAACUUAUAAAAUGUUAAAGGAAACUUUCACAGAGUAAUUUUGUCAAGUUUUAUCAUGGUAUAACAUGUUAAAAAUAAGAAAUUACAAAAGACAUCAUGGAUUCAUCAGUGUGACCGUUUCUCAUAUCUGAGGUCCAGAACUGCAAUGAAAAUGCUCUGAAGAUUUGACAUGUUUAUUUGUGGCCUCUUCUGUGUCAAAUGUUAAAUGAAAUAUAAACAUUUUCUUGUUUUUAAAAACUA